AUGUCUCCAUCUGUUGCUUUAAGUUCCAAUUUGUUAAAGAAUAAUACUCCAAUUGCUCCACCUCCAAAUUCAGGAAGAAGAAAAUCCCUCCACUUUACUCCAAUUAUUCCAAAAAGGAAGCUUUCUAUUAAUAGUGUCGUUUCAACUGGUGACAGUGGUCAUUCUUUAAAUUCACCAAAUAAAAGAUACAAUAGAUCAAAUAGCGCGGCUGGUCCAAGUACUGGAAAUGUAAUCUCUACUAUUAAGACAUCAAGAAAAUGGGUUCUUCCACCAAGACCAAGGCCUGGCAGAAAGACCUUUUUCAGUGGAAACAAUAAUUGUGGUAACGGCGAAACAAAUACCAACUCAAACAAUGUAGUGGGUAAAGGUCAUGAUAAAAAUUCUCCAAGUUCUCCUACUUCUACCUCGUCUGUCAUAUCUUCCACAUCCUCUUCUUCUGCCACUAGUUCGGUCUUUUCAAAUACCAAUAAGAGAAGAACUCGUAGUGUUCCUAUAAUACCGCACGUUAAAGGUGACUCCAACAAUAAUAUUCUUAAUAAGACUAACCUUUCAAAAAAGAAUUCGAAUAACUAUUUGGCAUUUCUUAAGUUUGAUGAUGAAACUUCAACCUUAAAUCUAUCGUUAGCUGAAGAGACCGUUGGUAAACAAAGUUCUAUAUUGUCCACUGUGUCAACACAUAAUGAACAUGCUGCAACUUCAGUCACCCCAAAUAAUUUCUCAGUUGUUUCAUCUUCUGAUAAGAAUGCUGUAAAGACUACAGCAGUAAGUUCCGCAGUCAGUACUAUUAGUAGUACUAGUACUGCACUUCAAAGAGAGCCCUCCCCGACUGAAACUGUUAUGACUACUCCAUUAAAUGAUAUGGGUACUUCUCUUAAUAAGUUACAUACUUUCACCUUUAACAAUGAAAAUAUUAGUUCUGUAAGUAACAACGGCAUAUUCCAGGAGUUCAAUAUAGAUUACAAUUAUAAUAUGUCAUCUACACUCCUUUCAUCGUUUGCAUCAAAUCCAAGUUCUCGUGAUAACAUCAAGAAUCCGGAAAAUAAUGAUGGUUUUAUUGAGAAAACUACCAAUGAUGAAUUAGAGAAUGAAAUAUAUAAUAACAUUUGGAAAUUUUUGCCACGUUAUAAUAAGACCGUAAAUGAUACUGCAGAUACUAAUGGUAAUAAAGAAGACAGUGUCAACAACAAUGAAAAUGCUAACAAUUAUAAUUCCAAUAGCAAUAAAAACAGUUUAACUAAUCCUGCAGCCAAUGAUAUUGAUUCAUAUUUCUAUUCUGCACCGACUUUAGAAGAGUUGAUGGAUGAGCAAGAUAACAAUUUUAAUGGUUUUAACAAUUUCAGUUUUUCCUUGCAGGAUUUGCCAUAG